UAUCUGUUGGCACCCUUGGUUGUAUUGAUUUUCCUUGCACAAAAGUACUUGAAAAGAAUGAUAACAAUUGAUGCAGUCGAGAAAUUUCUCCGAAUGCAACAAAUGCUCGGUCCGACAAGGUAUGCCUACACCGACAUUAUCGCAAUCACAGGGCAUUUCAGAGAAAAGUUGGGCCAAGGAGGCUACGGUUCUGUAUACAAGGGUGUGCUGCUCCCGGGUGAUCUCCAUGUGGCUAUCAAGAUACUGAAUGGCUACUCUAAUUGCAACGGCGAAGAAUUCAUCAGUGAAGUUGCCACCAUUGGUAGGAUUCACCAUGUUAAUGUUGUGCGUUUGGUGGGGUUCUGCUCCGAGGAAAUGAGAAGGGCCUUGGUUUACGAGUACAUGCCUAGGGGAUCUCUAGACAAACACAUCUUCUCAUCUGAGAGAAGAUUCUCAUGGGACAAGCUCAAUGAGAUUGCUCUAGGCAUUGCUAGGGGGAUCAACUACCUGCACCAAGGGUGUGAUAUGCAGAUUCUACACUUUGACAUCAAGCCACACAACAUCCUUCUUGAUGAUAACUUUGUUCCAAAAGUUGCUGAUUUCGGCCUCGCUAAACUGUACCCAAGGGACAAGAGCUUUGUGUCAGAUAGGGCUUUACGAGGAACAGUGGGUUAUAUGGCUCCUGAGAUGGUUUCCCGGAGCUUUGGCAUCAUAUCUGGCAAGUCUGAUGUUUACAGUUUUGGAAUGUUGCUGCUUGAGAUGGUCGGAGGACGAAGGAAUGCAGAUCCAAAUGCAGAUUCCAGUGCAAGUAAGGCAUACUACCCAUCAUGGGUUUAUGAUAAGCUAAUAGCAGAUCAACAAGUUGAUGAGAUAUCCAACUUUGCCAACAUGCAUGAGCUAGAGAGGAAGUUGUGCCUUGUUGGGCUGUGGUGCAUUCAGAUGAAAUCACACGAUCGGCCGACGAUGAGUGAGGCAAUAGAGAUGCUCGAAGGGGGUGUGGAUGCGCUGCAAGUGCCUCUGAGACCAUUUUUCUGCGAUGGGGAUGGCAUGCCACCUCCACAAGUCAUGGAUUCUUACUUUCACUCCUCCGAUCUUUCUGCAAUUUCAGAAGAGGACGAUGGAAUAGCUGAAUUAGCCAGUAGUUAGGCUGUGAUGAAAAUGAUGUAUCUAGCUAGCAAUUAGCGUUCAUAAAUAAUGGUUGUUAUUAUUCCAUAUUCAUGGAUCCAACAAUUGAUAGA